CCAUGGCUGCGGUGUUAUUAUUGGGCAGCACAUCUUUCACAGCAUCCAAACUCUGGGGACAACUCAGCUCUGUCCGCCGGCCUGCUACGGCUACAUCUGCCUGUCCACUGCGCAUCUGACCUGGCACAUCUGCUGCUGAACACAUCCAGCUGAGGCGCGCAGAGACAGCGCAGCAUCUGAAGGAGCUCUCGAGCAGGAAGUGGAUCAAACUGUGUCAGGACGGCUCAGCGAGGACAGAUAGACUAAUCCUACGAAGCUCUCCUCAGCAACCAUGUCAAACGAACGCACCCCUCUGAUCAACACAGGAGUGUGUGGUCUGAGUGUGACCUCAGUGGCAUGUGGCGCUGUGUCAGAUGGCAGCCCCGAAUCCAACGCUGGGUCACCAAGUAAAGACCCUCGAAAACUGAACACAUUUUUCGGAGUGAUGGUGCCGACCAUCCUCUCCAUGUUCAGCAUUGUUCUGUUUCUGAGAACCGGCUUUGUGGUUGGUCACGCGGGGCUGGUACAGGGUCUUUCAAUGGUAAUUGUAGCCUACACCAUCAUAUCUCUUACAAUACUGUCCAUCUGUGCCAUCUCCACCAAUGGUGCCAUACAAGGCGGUGGAGCCUACUACAUGAUCAGUCGUUCACUGGGCCCAGAGUUUGGAGGAAGCAUCGGUUUGAUGUUCUUCUUAGCCAAAGUGUGUGCGUGUGGAGAGUACGUUCUUGGUCUUGUGGAGGCCAUACUUGAUAUAUUUGGUUCAGAUCCUGAGUCAUCUGUGUCUGAGGGGGUGCGGGUGCUUCCUCAGGGUUACUGGUACACGGUGCUGUACUCUGCGGUAGUCUUGCUGCUGUGUCUGCUUGUUUGUCUGGUGGGUGCUCAUAUCUACUCCCGCACUGCCUUCAUCAUCCUGCUGGUGGUCACUGUAUCACUGCUGUCAAUCUUCAUCAGUUCUGUGGCAGUCAAACCUCAGAACUUCGUCAUCACCCAUCCGGGUCCUGGCAAUCAGACCCUCCGCUACAAUGCCAGCUACACAGGCUUCAGUGCUAACACACUGAGGAACAACCUGGGCUCUGGUUACUCUUUGGACUACAGCACCAACUCUGUCAUGUCUUUUGCCACCGUGUUUGCCGUCAUGUUCACCAGCUGCACUGGAAUCAUGGCCGGAGCCAACAUGUCAGGGGAGCUGAAGACUCCAAGUGUCUCCAUACCUAAAGGCACCAUCAUAGCCGUCUUAUACACGUUCAUAGUCUACGUCCUCCUCUUCCUCUUGGUCAGCGCCACGUGUGACAGGACCCUGUUGAUUCAGGAUUAUGGGUUUUUACAGCGAAUAAACCUUUGGUCUCCGUUUGUCACCAUCGGGAUAUACUGCGCUUCUCUGUCAGCUGCAAUGUGCUCUAUGAUCGGAGCGUCCCGUAUCCUGCAUGCUCUUGCUCUGGAUCAACUCUUUGGUUUGCCGUUAGCUCCAGCUGCCAUCACAUCAAGCUCAGGGAAUCCAUGGGUGGCAGUGCUUUACACCUGGGGUCUGGCCCAGUGUGUGGUGUUUGCAGGCCAGCUCAACGCUAUAGCAAGUUUGGUGACAGUUUUCUACUUGCUCGCCUACGCUGCGGUCGACUUGGCCUGUUUGGCUCUUGAAUGGGCUUCAGCACCAAAUUUCAGACCGACCUUCCAGCUCUUCUCCUGGCACACCUGCCUGCUGGGGAUUCUGAGCUGUUUAGUGAUGAUGUUCGUCAUUAACCCCGUGUACUCCUCCGGCAGCAUCGUCCUGCUGUUACUGCUGCUGCUUUUCCUUCACUACAGAUCGCCCACCAGCAGCUGGGGCUACAUCAGCCAGGCUCUCAUCUUCCAUCAGGUGCGCAAAUAUCUGUUGAUGCUGGAUGUGAGGAAAGACCACGUGAAGUUCUGGAGGCCUCAGGUGUUGUUAAUGGUGGCCAAUCCUCGCUCUUCGUGUCAGCUCAUUCUGUUUGUCAACCAGCUGAAGAAGGGAGGGUUGUAUGUGUUGGGCCACGUGCAGCUGGGAGAUCUGGAUUCCCUGCCGUCAGACCCAGUCCAGCAACAGUACAACUUCUGGUUGAGCCUAGUUGAUAAACUCGGGGUGAAGGCUUUUGUAGACCUGACGUUGUCUCCUUCUGUCAGACAGGGAACACAGCAUCUGCUGCGAAUCACAGGCCUGGGUGGCAUGAAGCCAAACAUGCUGAUCUUGGGUUUCUAUGACAGCAGCACUCCCGAAGACUUCUUCUUACAAGAUAGUGCGUUCUGUGAUUCAUCAAUAGGACAAAGCAGCGAAGGCGAAUAUAAUUUUGGGAUUGACCUGCCUUCUUUACAGGCUCAUUUCCCCCCAGUCCGACACGUUGAGAGCCCACGCUGGCUAUCACCAGAGGAAUAUGUUGGGAUCAUUUCUGAUGCCAUUAAAAUGAACAAGAACGUGUGCCUCGGCCGAUAUUUCUUCCAGUUGGAAGGAGAGGGUAAAGAUAGCAAGGUCGAUGGGUCAGAGCGGACUAUAGAUGUGUGGCCUUUCAACCUGCUUCAGCCAGGCAGCCGAGAUUAUGAGGACGUGUGCAGCCUCUUUUUGCUGCAGAUGGCCUGUGUGCUUAACAUGUCCAACAAAUGGCGCCAUGCAAGAAUGAGAAUCUUCCUGAAUGUGGAGACCGAGUGCCAAGACCAGGGCUGGGGGGUAAAUGAAGAGACUUUUCUAGAGUUGCUGAAGAAGCUGAGAAUCAGGGCAUCCAUAAAGAUCGUGCCAUGGGACUCUGUGGUGCAGCACCACACUCAGCCUGAGGGUGGGCACCAUGCAGAACCCAACCAAGCUCUGUCCGAUGACUUUUUAUCGGCAGUGAACUGCUUGUUGAUGGAGCACAGCUCCCAAGCUGCUGUUCGCUUCCUGUAUUUACCUCGACCUCCUGCUCAUCACAGCCAGGCACAGCAGUACUUAACUCAGCUGGAAGUGGUGACCAAUGGUUUAGGUCCAACGCUGCUUAUUCAUGGUGUCACCCCAGUGACAUACACUGAUCUCUGAGCAUGUGCACUCUUAAGUUUUGUCUGUUACAUCAUCUGUUAUUGUACAUGCAUAACGUCUUAAGCUUACUUAAGUGUGCAUAAGAAUAAAUUCUGGUUACACAAAAUAAACACAUAGUGUAAUAAAAAGUGAAUGCUAAGGUACAAUACAGUAUGUAGCACCAGUCACUCAAAACUAUACUUCAAACUCAUACAGCUUUUUGUACUUUUUUGUUGUUUUACUGGAGCUUAAAAAAGUGUGCUUUUUAAAAACACAGGUUUUUGCAUUCAAAUAGGAUAUUUUCCUAUUUUCAUAUACUUGAACGGGCUUGGUGAUAGAGCCGAUGAAUGGGAGAAUAACUGACGUUUGUGCAUAUAAUUCAUGUUGAUAUGUAUAAUUCCGAACAAAAACAGUUUGUUAUGAUCAUACAGGUUGUCUAGGACAUUAAAUAUAAAAAUGUCUAUAUGUAAUUUCAGGGAUAAAAAGAUGGACCACGGUAAAAAAAAAAAACACUUUAUUCGGGAACACCAAAGUUACUCUUUUUAACUUAUUUUUUGCUGCUUGCUUUUCCUUAAUUCUCACAUUUCCCCUUGUUGCUGGACCAAGUGAUGCAAAGACUUUUUCUCUGAGCUGGAGCGAGUUCUGAUUUUUGUUUUCAAUGCAAACAUGUUUUCCUUUGCUGUUAAAUGUGUUUCUCUAGGCUUCACAAAGGGAACAUUUUUUGAACAUUUGACCUAAGAAUGAUGAACAGCAUAAAUAUAUCAAAAGGAGUCACACUGAUGGUUGGGACCAUCAUAAUUCAGUCUCAGACAGGACCAGGACCAUUGAGGAUUCAGACCAAGUCAAGAUUGUAACCAAAGCAAGGUGUCACAAGUAAUUUACUAUAUUUAUAAGACACAAAAUAACACAGUCAACAGUUGCAUUCCACACUGCAUGGACCUGUUAGCAAAACACAAUCAGGAAGUUGCUGAAAAAGCAUCUUGCAUGAUUUGGCAUGCUCCAUCUUUGGUCACUGAGAAAGAAUUAAAGUACAGAUUAUUCUAUAUACUAAUGGUCAUUACUGUGGAUAAACAUAUUAAAUCGCUGUUUGUCACAGGAGAAAAUGUAUGCCAAAUGUACUGUGUGCAUUGUCAUCUUUGUAACUGUAACAUUGUAAAUUCCUAACAGAAAAUGUGUAUUUAAAAGAUUGCUUGAAUGCAAUAAAAGCAGAGAUUGUG